AUGUGGCUUGACCGCAUAUCUGGCCAUUCGACUCCCUCCGGCCCUCCAAUCGAUAGUCGCAGCAAUUCUCCUCUUCCACGCCGGUCGGCCUCUCGGCUCUUCCCUUAUACGCAGAACAGCCGCCCUCAACCGAGUCGACCUGGAUCGUCAUUAUCCAAUCUCCUCACCCCUAGUGACUCGGCCACUUCUUUAUCCGCGACGCAGCGUGGCGAUGAUCUAUUAUUGAAACAAACUACGACGAAGCUCCGCCCAUCUAACGUGGCCGAUCCACUCGAUGUACUAAAUGAUAUUAUUAGGAAGCAGAAAGGAAGUCCGGUAGAAGCGGGAUCCUCUAUCGCAUCUCCUAUCUUGGAAACAAAGCCUUCCCAUUUGGAGGUGGAUGUUGACUUUGGAAAUCUGAGCCUUGAAGAAUUCGUUACGAGAUCCGAUGAGCCGAGGAGAGUUUCGACUAGCGAUGUUGGGGCGCAAACCAUUCAACAAUUCGAGAAGGAGAGAGAUAAAUUUCAGGACCUACAUUCAGCCAUCACGGGCUGUGACGAUGUUGCUAAAUCGGUAGAGAAAUACCUGAAUGACUUUCAGACAGAACUCGGAGCAGUCUCGGUUGAGAUUGAGACGCUGCAAACUCGCUCCGUACAGCUAAACGCGAUGUUGGCGAAUCGUCGGAAUGUAGAACAGCUUUUGGGACCCGCUGUGGAAGAAAUUUGUAUUUCUCCAAAAGCCGUUCGACUAAUUGUAGAAGGGCCAAUUGACGAGAAUUGGGUCAAGGCGCUGAACGAGAUUGAGAGCCGAGCAGCCAGCAUAGAAAUCAAGAUUGAGAGCCCUAGCAGUGUCCAGUCAGUCGAGGAUGUGCGCCCCCUCCUGGGCGAUAUUAAGAAGAAAGCAGUUGAGAGAAUCCGAGACUACUUGGUCUCACAGAUUCGAGCCUUGCGUUCCCCGAACAUCAAUGCCCAGAUUAUCCAACAACAGCGCCUCGUGAAGUUCAAGGACUUGUACAGUUACGUAUCCCGAGCACAUCCAACUCUUUCCGGAGAGAUUACUCAGGCUUAUGUUAACACGAUGCGGUGGUACUAUUUAUCUCAUUUUACUCGCUAUCUCCACGCGCUUGAGAAAAUCAAGGUAUACCCCAGCGAUCGGAAUGAGGUUCUGGGGGGGGAUCCUUCAGCUCCAAAGUCAGGCAAUUUCGUCCCUGGUGGGCGGACUGGUGCCGCGGCGCACGACCCAUUCUCUCUUGGAAGAAGAAUUGAAAUUCUGCGGACUGGCAAUCACAUGGCCAUAUCAUCGUACGUGGCGGAGGAGGACACUUCUUUCCACGGAAUCGAGGUCCCUUUCAGGAAUUUCAACCUUGCUCUGAUGGACAAUAUCUCUGCAGAAUACUCCUUUAUGACCGAGAUGUUCUCCACCUUGUCUUUCCACCAGAUAUCCCGCAAAGCGGUCGAAAUAUUUGACCCCGUCUUUGCUCUUGGGCAAGGAUUGACCAAACAGCUAAUCGAACAUACGACCGACUCUCUAGGAGUUCUUAUCUGCGUCCGAUUGAAUCAACAGGCCGCUUUUGAGCUCCAACGUCGGAAAGUGCCCGUUGCGGACACGUACAUCAACGGCGUGAAUAUGCAGCUCUGGCCUCGGCUCCAAGUUAUUAUGGACCUCCACUGCGAGUCCUUGAAGCGGGUAGCCUCGCACACAGGCCGAAGUGCUGUAACCGCCUUAUCUCUAGCGGGAGGCGAUGACUUGAACAAAUCGUCAGCGCCUCAUUUUCUUACGCAGAGGUUUGGCCAGCUGCUGCAUGGCAUUCUAGUGCUGAGUAGCGAAGCCGGAGACGACGAGCCGGUUUCCAAUAGCUUAUCACGAUUAGCCACCGAAUUUGAUAACCUUCUCGCAAAGCUUAGUAGGAUUGGCGGAGAUGCGAAGAGACGGGAGAGGUUUCUAUUCAAUAACUAUUCUUUGAUUUUGACUAUCAUUAGCGAUACCCAUGGCAAAUUAGCAAUCGAACAAAAGCGGGCAAUGACUACGCGUGCAAGUCUCUCCAUCUCCAAGAAGCUCCUCGCCCCGCGCCGCAGCUUCUCCAGCGGGCGAGCAUCUAGUGCCGAUGUCACUCAUGCGGUAAUCGGUGCCGGCGUGGUUGGUCUAGCGGUUGCCCGGCAAUUGGCCUCUAGAGAGGGCACAUCAACCAUUCUCCUAGAGAGGCACGAUGCACCAGGCACGGAGACCAGCAGUCGUAAUUCUGAGGUCAUCCACGCCGGGCUGUACUACGGAGCCGAUACCCUAAAGACGAAGCUCUGCAUCCGAGGCAAAGAGUUGCUGUACGAUCUAUGCGCCCGCAACGGAAUCCCCCACCGCAACACUAAGAAAUGGAUCGUGGCGCAGACUCAAGAGCAAUGGGCCGCCGCUCUAGCCACGCAUGACCACGCGCAAAACAUAGGCGUCCCGACUCGGCUGAUCGGGCGCGCUGAAGCACAGGCUCUAGAACCGGAGGUGCAGGCCCUAGCGGGGAUCGUCGAGAGUCCCACCACCGGGAUUGUGGACAGUCACUCCUUGAUGACCUAUUUGCAAGGGGACUUCGAAGACCGGGGCGGCGACUGUGCGUUUCUGACGGAUGUAACGGGUAUCGAGGCGCUGAAUGGCGGGAAGGAUGGGUACCGGAUCACGGCUGAGACGAGCGAUGGCACAGAGACGUCCAUCACGGCCGAGACGCUGAUCAACAGCGCCGGGAACUACGCUUGCUCUAUCAAUAAUAUGGUUCUCCCGGCUGGCCGACACCGUACCCCGUACUACGCAAAGGGCACUUAUUUCUCUUACUCGGCGUCGUUCCCGAAAACCUCCGUCCUGGUGUACCCGGCUACUUUGCCCGGUCAUGGCGGCCUAGGCACCCAUCUAACUCUGGACCUCGGCGGCCGUAUACGAUUCGGCCCCGACGUGGAAUGGGUGGAUGACCCGAACGAUCUCAAACCCAGUCCCGCCCGGCUGGAGCAGGCGCUCCCGGAGAUCAAGGCGUAUCUACCUAACGUGGACCCUGGUGCCAUCAGUCUGGACUAUUGUGGGAUCCGACCCAAGUUGGGGCGUGGUGGGGCCGUGAACGUGGGCAAAGGGUUCCAGGACUUCAUCAUUCAGGAAGAGGAAGGGUUUCCUGGGUUUGUUAACCUUUUGGGGAUUGAGAGUCCGGGACUGACGAGUUCGUUGGCCAUAGGAGAGAUGGUCGAAGGGCUACUGUAUGGGAGAUAG